AUGACUUCUGAGACUGUCAUUGCGCCGCCGGGCGGCGGCUACACUAAAUCGGCUAGCCCUCCCCACCCCCGCGAUGUCGACAAGAUCCAGCCUGGCAGGACCGGCCUGGCAGGAUCCAGCGGCAUCGACUCGGUCGUGGCGCCAAGGGCGCUGGCUGAUUUGUUUGAUGUACCGGAAGUGAAUCCAGCCGAGCCUUCUACAGUCUUUGACGUGAUGGAGCCCUUUUUGUCUACCGGUGUAAGUGAGGGCGCGAGGGCCAUCAUCAUCACUCUGCUAGUUACCGCAAACCUAGUUCAGUUUAUUUCCAACUUUCUCACUCUGAGCGGUGGCAUCACACUUACCCAUGCCCUGGGCCAAGAAACUGGACCUGGCAAGGCCAACUGGAUGGCAGCCUCGUAUUCCAUUACGCAGAGCACAUUUGUUUUAGUUUCUGGCCGGCUUGGCGCCAUCUACGGACACCAGCGCCUUGCGCUCGUCGGCUUGGCAUGUUUGGCGUGUUUUCCAUUGCGAAUGGAUUCUGCCGCGGCUACGCGCCGUUUGUUGCUGUUCGAGCCCUGA